AGGCGCGUUAUUCACAGUCUCAAUAUUGGUCUACAUACAGGACAAUCUAAGCUGGGGUUUGGGGUUUGGAAUUCCUUGUGUUGUGAUGGUCCUUGCACUGAUUAUUUUUGUCGGUGGAACUAGGACAUACCGGUAUAACAUCAAAGGGGAGGAGGAAAGCCCAUUUGUGAGAAUCGGUAAGGUUUUUGUUGCUGCAUUAAGGAACCGGCGAACUAGUCCUUUAGCAGUAGCUUCUGAAGAGGAAUCCCGUGGAACCUUGCAUGAUCAAAGUUUUGAACAAUUCAAGUUCCUCAACAAAGCCUUGCUUACACUAGAUGAUUUGGAGAAAAACAGGAAGGUGUGUACCAUCGCUGAUGUUGAGGAAGCAAAGGCUGUUCUUAGGCUGUUUCCAAUAUGGGCUACAUGCUUGGAAUAUGCUAUUGUAUAUGUACAGUCCACUACUUUCUUCACCAAGCAAGGUGCCACCAUGGACAGAACUAUUGUUCCCGGUUUUGACAUACCAGCUGCUUCACUUCAGUCAUUUAUCAGCCUUACUAUAUUGAUGAUCAUACCCAUUUAUGACCGCAUUUUUGUUCCAAUGGCAAGAGCUUACACCAGAGAACCCGCUGGCAUUACAAUGCUACAAAGAAUCGGAACUGGGAUGUUUUUCUCUAUCGUAUCUAUGGUCGUUGCAGCUUUAGUUGAGAUAAAAAGGCUCCAAACUGCGAAAGAUUAUGUUCUUGUUGAUCUGCCAAGUGCCACAAUUCCAAUGAGUAUUUGGUGGUUGGUUCCUCAUUACUUUAUGUAUGGACUAGCCGAUGUUUUCACCAUGGUUGGUCUACAAGAGUUCUUCUAUGAUCAGGUACCAAAUGAAUUAAGAAGCAUAGGACUUGCCCUCUACCUCAGUAUAUUUGGUGUGGGAAACUUUCUGAGCAGCUUUCUUAUCUCUAUUAUUGAGGAAGCAACCAGUUGGGGAGGCCACACUAGCUGGUUUUCCGAUAACCUUAAUCUUGCACAUCUUGAUUACUUUUACUGGUUACUAGCAGCACUCAGUGCAGUAGGAUUGUUGGCCUACAUGUAUUUUGCAAAAUCUUACAUUUAUAAUAGGGCUAGUACAAUAUCAACACAAAUAUGAAUCGUUAUAAUCACCACAAAAUACAGUGUCAUCACGUCUUUUGUAGUAAAUCUAAAAAGUGAAUGUGUAAAUCAAUUGUGCUUAAUAUUGUUCUCCCAUAAACACGUACUACCGUUCCUUGUCUUGUCAGGAAAGAUUCCUUUCCAUUUGAUUUUGAUCUUGAUUGAUACUGUUUGGCGGAUUGAAUAAACCAUCCAACAUGGUGGGUAACUCCAAAAAGGAAUGGAGUUAAAUAGACCUAGUUUAAGAAGAACAUGGCACA